AUGGAGAAAUACAGGAAAGACACCGUUAUAGGCAAAGGCGCCUAUGGAAUCGUGUACAAAGUGACGUGUAGGAAAACUGGGAAGGACUACGCCUUGAAAUAUCACACCCAAGGCGUAGAGGAUGCAACCGUGAGAGAGAUCUCAUGUCUCUCUGCCCUAAGGGGUCUCCCGUAUGUGAUCGACAUGCACGAUUGCUUCGUAGACGAUGACAAGAUAGCCAUGCUCAUGUCCUACACUCUGAGUGACGCGAUCCACAAUGGAUACGGUGUCAAGCCAUACUACGAACAAGACCGGCCACUACAGUAUCUCCCUUUGAGUUUCGUUGCUCACUUUAGUUUACAGUUGGCUAAUGCCCUGUCUGACAUGCACAGAUGGAAUAUAGUGCACAGGGACCUGACUCCUUACAACGUGCUGCUGACAGAAGAUCUCACAGUGAAGGUGGCCGACAUGGGCCUCUCUAGACAGUCCUCAAAAUGGAUGAGCCCAACUGUGGUCACGGAGGCGUACAGGGCCCCGGAAUUGUUUUGCCCAAAACGUAAAUCUGCAGAGUACACAUGUGCUAUAGACAUGUGGAGCCUGGGGGUGAUGAUAGUGGACGCAAUGGAAGGGAGGGUUAUGUUCUGUGGCCGUAAAAUCCAAAGUGUGACUAUGUCCACAUACCAGAUCAUCACAAAGACUCUAUGUCCCCAAGACCACCCCAGUGCAUCAAGCACACCGUGUGAUCCUGACAUCAUAAUGCCCAACAUGCAGUGUGACCUAGUGAGAAGGAUAGUCUUCAGAUUGCUGAACUUCUAUGACACAGAGAGACUCUUGGCUCAUGAGCUGUUCGGGACACAGAAUGGAUGCAGGCUGCUGCUGAUAUGA